CCAUGAAAGCUACCCCGUCCCAUGGAUGCAUGUGACAGCCUCAUGCGUACACGGCCUUAAUUUUCUAUCGUCUUCAGUUCACCUGUCUAUAUAUCCGUCCAUGGCCGGCUGAAUCAGUCCUUCCAUCUAUCUCGAUUCCAUGGCGUCCCCCGGCUCCGACGUCCAUGCCGGCGCCGCUGCCACUGUAUGCUGCAUGUGCGGCGACCACGGCCUGCCGCGCGAGCUUUUCCGGUGCGACCUCUGCCGCCUCCGGCUGCAGCACAGGUACACAUACUGCAGCGACCUGUACCCGAGGGCUGCGGCCUACCGGAGCUGCAACUGGUGCCUGAGAGAGGAGCGCGGAGGCGGGGAUGAUUCGUUGGUGAAGGCGCCAGCUGCGGUGUCGAAACGGAGGAUGAACAGUUCUCGUGAUGGUGAUUACGUCAAGGAGAGGCCGGGCGGUGGAUGCUCAAGAUCAGCCUUCUCGGCAGAGCCCGGGAAGCCGGUGAAGAAGCCCAAGGGCAACAAGAGGGUGGUGCAACGGCUGGUGGCGACGAAAGGGAGGAAGGCGCAGACCGACACAGGGAAGCCACGGUUCAGGGCGAAAGUGCGCGUGCGACGGUACAAGCUCCUCGCCGAGGUCAUCAGUUGCUAUAGCUAGUAUCUACGUAAGAGAUAUGCAAGGUCAGUCGAGGAGGACGACAAAAAUAGACCUGACCUGCAUGUCAGUCAGGAUGUUGCUUAAUUUUGUAUACAAACUACGUUGAAGCAGAUAGGUUAGUAUGCUCCACCACGUCCUCCCCUCCCCUCCCCUCGGGCGAGCAUAUUGAUGAUAGUUUUCAUUGAGCAUUCAUUUCGAGUUCUAUUUGCACCAUUAUGUUCUAUUCAAUAAGCUCUACAAAA